AUAUUAGUUUCAAUGAUUUUGUCUUCCUUUUAUCUAUGAUAAUUGCCUUAACUUAUUUCUUUUGUUUGUUGUUACUGUUGUUUCCCCGGAUAUUGUAUAUUGGGAGAUGGUUGUCAAAUGGAAGGUAUCUCAAAUGAAGCUUGCUCCCUUGCUGGGCACUGGGGACUUGGUAAGUUGGUCGCUUUCUAUGAUGACAACCACAUCUCCAUUGACGGAGACACAGAGAUUGCAUUUACCGAUCGAGUGCGUCAAUACCCGUUUUGAGGGUCUUCGUUGGCAUGUGAUUUGGGUAAAGAAUGGUAACACUGGAUAUGAUGAGAUUCGGGAGACCAUUAAGGAAGCAAAGGCAGUCAAAGACAAACCCACCCUCAUCAAGAUCACUAAUACCAUUGGUUAUGGGUCCCCGAACAAGGCAAACUCAUGUAGUGUACACGGGAGUUUGGGUGCGAAAGAAGUGGAUGCAACAAGGCAGAGCCUUGGAUGGCCGCAUGAGCCUUUCCAUGUUCCUGAGGAAGUGAAGAAGCACUGGAGCUGCCACAUUCCUAAAGGUUCUUCUCUUGAAGCUGAAUGGAAUGCCUAGUUUGCAGAGUAUGAGAAGAAGUAUAAGGAGGAAGCUGCG